AUGGCAGCAAAUCCAAACUCCAAGACUGCAGACGGCAAAUAUGCCGAUCUACAAAAGGACAUCGUCGAUGUCCACGACAAGCAGCACAUGACAACCGACCAUGGCGUCAAAAUCUCCAACCCAGACCAAUGGCUCCGCAUCGUAGAUGAAAAGAAGACCGGACCCUCACUCCUGGAAGACCAAAUUGCCCGCGAGAAGAUAAUGCGCUUCGAUCAUGAACGCAUCCCAGAGCGAGUAGUUCACGCGCGCGGAACAGGUGCCUUCGGCACAUUCAAAUUAUACGAGAGCGCCGCGGACGUAACAACCGCCGGGAUCCUGACUGAUACCAACCGGGAGACGCCGCUGUUCCUGCGAUUCUCGACUGUGCAGGGUAGCAAGGGCAGCGCAGAUACGGUGCGCGAUGUGCGCGGGUUCGCCAUCAAGAUGUAUACUGCGGAGGGCAAUUGGGAUAUUGUCGGGAAUAACAUUCCCGUCUUCUUUAUUCAGGACUCGAUCAAGUUCCCUGAUGUUAUUCAUUCUGUCAAGCCCGAGCCGCAUAAUGAGGUGCCGCAGGGUCAGAGUGCGCAUAAUAAUUUUUGGGACUUUCAAUAUCUGCAUUCGGAGGUUACGCAUAUGAAUCAGUGGAUUAUGUCCGAUAGAGCUAUUCCGCGGUCGUUCCGGAUGAUGCAGGGAUUCGGUGUGAAUACCUAUUCCUUGAUUAACAAGGAUGGAAAGCGUCAUUUCGUCAAGUUCCACUUCACCCCAGAGCUGGGCGUCCACUCGCUCGUCUGGGAUGAGGCGCUGAAGAUCGGCGGCCAGGAUCCCGACUUCCACCGGAAAGACCUAAUGGAGGCGAUCGAGGCAGGACACUUCCCACGCUGGAAGUUCGGCCUACAGCUCAUCCCCGAAGAGAAGGCCGACAACUUCGAGUUCGACCCUCUCGACGCCACGAAGGUCUGGCCCGAGGAGCUAGUGCCCAUCCGCUACAUCGGCGAGAUAGAACUCAACCGCAACGUCGAUGAGUUCUUCACUCAAACCGAGCAGGUCGCAUUCUGCACGAGCCACAUCGUGCCCGGCAUCGACUUCUCUGACGACCCCUUGCUUCAAGGCCGCAACUUCUCAUACUUCGAUACGCAGAUCUCGCGACUCGGACCGAACUGGGAGGAACUGCCCAUCAACCGGCCAGUAUGUCCAUAUAUGAGCCUAGUCAACCGCGACGGCCAGGGCAGACACCGCAUCACAAAGGGCAAGGUAAACUACUGGCCGAACCGGUUCGAGGCCAACCCGCCCGCAACAGCAGAGCAGGGCGGCUUCGUCAGCUACCCGGGUAAGCAGCAGGGCGCAAAGAAGCGCGCGCUGUCAGAUAAAUUCAAGGAGCACUUCAAUCAGGCGCAGGUAUUCUAUAACUCGCUCUCACCGAUUGAAAAGAUGCAUGUGGCGAAGGCAUUCUCCUUCGAGCUGGACCACUGCGACGACCCCAUUGUCUACAAGCGCAUGACAGAGCGUCUAUCAGCGAUCGAUCUAGACCUAGCCAAGACUGUCGCGAAGAAUGUCGGUGGCGACACACCGGUCAAAUCUCCAAAGGAAAACAAGGGUAUCAAAGCCAAGGGUCUGAGCCAGCUUGAAUUCAUGCCGGAGAAACCCAUCAUCGCGACGCGUCGCAUCGCCAUCCUGCUUGCGGACGGAUUCGACUUCAACCAGUAUACCACGAUGAAAGAAGUGCUUAGCGAGCGCGGCGCGUUUGUUUUCACGAUCGGUUCGCAGCGCCAGGGUGUUACUGCCGAGUCUGGGCAGAAGGUUAUUCCCGAUCACUUCUUUUCUGGGGCGCGGUCGACGCUGUUUGAUGCGGUCUACGUGCCUGGCGGAAAGCAUAUCCAGGCGCUGUUGAAGAAUGGCGUGUUUAAGCACUGGAUCUCCGAAGCUUUUGCACAUCUGAAGGCCAUUGCUGGUGCUAAUGAGGCUGUGCCAUUUAUUGAGAAGCAGAUCGGGCUUCCUGAGGUCGAGGUUGCGAAGAGUGGUUCUCCGCUUAAGGAGUCGUAUGGCGUUGUUACAGGCUAUGGAGAUGCGGUUUCGUUGUUGAAGGUUGGCACGGUUGGGCCUGAUGCGAAGGGUCUGGCUGAGCAGUUUAUCUGGCAUAUUUCUCGACACCGUAACUGGGCGCGUGAGCUGGAUGGACUUUCUGAUCAGAUUGCCGCUUAA